AUGUCCGAAUUCUCGUUGCAAUAUGUUCCGCAAAAGGCAAUAAAAGGACAGGCAAUAGCAGAUUUUCUCGCUCAUCACCCACCCUCAGAGCUCAAGGCGUUUCGCGAGUUGGAAUUCGCUGCUGUGGCACUCGCUCCAUGGACCCUGUACUUUGAUGGUUCACGGACUGAUACUGCAACCGGAGCUGGGAUAGCCAUAGCCAAUCCCGCUGGAGAUCGCUUCUCCUACUCGUUCCAGCUCGAUUUCAAAUGUACCAACAACCAGGCUGAGUACGAGGCGCUGAUCAUCGGACUAGAGAUUUUGUUGAAUUUAGGAGUCCGCGAGGUUCAGAUCUUUGGCGAUUCUUUGUUAGUCAUUAACCAGCUGGUGGAAAAGUUCAAGUGCUUAAGCUCGUCAAUUGAACCAUACCUGCGCAAGGCAUUUGAGGUGUUGGAUCGAUUCGACGACGUCUACAUCGAACACAUACCGCGUGAGUUCAACUUCGCCGCCAACGAGCUCGUCCAGGUAGCAUCCGGCCUCAACCUGCGCGACGGCGUGGGCGAGCGUUUGCUCAAGGUCGAGCGCCGUACUCUUCCCUCUUUCAUCGCUAGGGGGCAGUUUCAGGCCGCCACCCCCGAAGUUGCAGCCUUGGACCCUAUCGACGAGGAUUGGCGGCUACCAUUUAUCGCCUACCUCCAGAACCCCAACGACGCCGCUCACUCCAGGCAGAUAUAUUGCCUCGCCUUAAACUUUGUUUUACGCAAUGGCGAACUCCGGCGGCGUGGGGAAGACGGAACCGACUUCCGUUGCGUGUAUGGGAAUGAAGCUAAACGUGUCAUGCGCGAAGUACAUUGUGGAGUUUGCGGUUCGCACCAGGCCGGGCAAAAAAUGCGUUGGUUAAUCCGUCGCAAUGGGUACUACUGGCCAACCAUUCUGAAAGACUGUAUUGCCUUCGCCAAAGGUUGUCAAGACUGCCAGGCUCACGGACCAGUGCAACAUAUUCCCAACAUCCCAUUGCAGCCUAUCAUUAAACCUUGGCCGGGUCGCGGUUGGGCGAUAGAUUUCGUUGGCAUCAUUCAUCCCCAUUCUUCUGAGCAGCAUAAGUUCAUUAUCGUCGCCACCGAUUUCUUUACCAAAUGGGUCGAGGCCGAACCACUCAAGGUUGCCUCCGCCAACUCGUCCAACGGCCAAGCGGAGGCUAGUAAUAAGGUUAUCCUCGGUAUCCUCCGCAAGAUGUUGGAGUUGAACCUGCGUGUCUGGCAUGAGGAACUCUACCACACCUUGUGGGCUUACCGCACUUCAAAGCGCGGCCCGACGGAUACUACCCCGUACGCUCUCAUGUACGGUCAUGAUGCCGUCCUUCCCCUCGAGAUCAAUAUAGCUUCACUCCGCGUUCAGGAACAGCAUCAACUACUUGGCGAGGAUUACGUCCAAGCUAUGUGGCAGGAGCUUGAAGAUCUCGACGAGCACCGCGUCGCCGCUUUCAACAAUCUCAUCCUCGAGAAACAACGCAUCGCGCGUUCGUAUGAUAAAGUCACGCACGGACGAAACUAUGCUGAGGGCCAAAAGGUGUGGCGCGCGGUACUCCCACUUGGGGACAAAACCGACGGUCGGGGCAAGUGGUCCGCUCGAUGGGAAGACCCCUUUAUUAUUCAUCGUAUACUCCCCAAGGGAGCAUACCACCUGCGCGACUUGGACGGCACCAUCCAUCGCAAUCCUAUUAAUGGCCGUUUCCUCAAGCGCCACAUUGCUGGAGUUUGGGAACGCGAGGAUCCUCCACCUCCCCCAGGCCCCGUCGCUAAUGUCAAUAGUGUUACGCGCCAUCGCGUUCUCGCUCCGCCGCCUAACACUAGGGGGCAAUCCGGGGUAGAAGACUGA